CGGCUGCUUCAAAAUGCUCCUUUUACUAUCCCUUUUAAUGUCCGUGCCUCCGUGUUUUCCGCCCUUAUCCUUAGCUUCGAGCAAAACAUGCUUUUUUACUCCCAGCAGCCCUUUUUGGUGCAUCGUGGCCACGUCUUUAUCGACGCAUUCGACCGGUUCGCCAAAGUGCCAGACAGCCCUGACAUGUUUAGCGUGCGGUUUAGAGACACGAACAAUCUUGUGGAGGAGGGCUACGGUGAGGGCGUGUACCGCGAAUUUCUUGUGAAUUUAUGUACCGAGGGAUUUGCCGCCGAGUACGGCAUGUUUCGUCAGACCGAAGACGGCGAAGUGUACCCCAACCCGUUUAGUUAUGAAGUGACUGGGGACCCGCAGCACCUGCGGCGCAUCACGUUUCUCGGCGCCAUGGUGGGUCGGUCACUGCGAGACGGGGUUGUGCAGGACAUUCCUUUUGCACCCCACUUCCGAAACGCAAUUCUUGGCCGCAGCAAUUCCAUCAACAACUUAAAGAGCUUUGACCGGGAGCUGUACCGCCAAAUUAUGUCUCUGCGCUCAAUGAGCGAGGAGGAAAUUGAAAAUCUGUCACUGACAUUUACGUACACGGUGGAUAUAUUGGACGAGGUGCGGGAGGUGGAGCUGCUGCGUGGCGGGAGAGACAUUCCGGUCACACGCCGCAACUGCUUGAACUAUAUUCACCUCCUUGCAGGCUUUAAGCUGAACCACGAGUCUGCCCGCCAGACCAGGGCAUUUCUGGAGGGCCUGGGAAUGAUUGUAAAUCUCAGUUGGCUGAAAUUAUUUGAUGGAAAGGAAGUUAUGAAGCUUUUUGGCGGGGAUGCUGAGAGCGCCAUUGAUGUCUCGGAUUGGAGAAAGCACACGCAGUACCACCGUGCGGACGACGAGGAGAGUGCGCCUGUGCAUGUCUUCUGGCGGGUGGUGGAGGCCAUGUCUUUGGAGGAGCGGAAAAGACUACUGAAGUUCACCACAUCCAUGAAUCGGCCCCCAUUGCUUGGGUUUCAGUUUCUCAAUCCCCCGUUCAAAGUGCACGUUGAGUGGGACGCAUCAGAGGAGCGGCUACCAUCUGCGUCAACGUGUUUUUCCACACUGAAGCUUCCGCCAUACAAGGACUUUAAGACCGCAUUUAGUAAAAUUACGGCAGCGAUUGAGGGAACGGAAGACUUUGGUCUCACAUAA